CUUGGCUGAUCUUUUCCAUUAAAAGUUGCGACACCGCGACCAACACAUACCCUCUGUGACAUGGCAGGCUUUUCUCCGUCCGCGUCCGUCGUUGACAACUACACCACCGUUACACCAACAUAAACCCUCGCGAUCCGGAGUCACGGUCGUUCAAGCUCGCCAAUGCCUUUGCCGCUCUUGAGUCAAGCCCGACUUACCUACUACCUCUUCUUCGGCUACCUCGGAUACCCAUUCUCUCUUUCAGAAUAGCGAACGGAGCGGGCUCAUCGCUUCCGAAACUCCGGCCCAAUGCACCACCUCCAAAAGCUGAUCAUCGUCGUUCUCUUCCUCUCCACCACCGUCGUCUUAGUUCUCUCGAAAUUACCACGAUUCCUCGACCCGACUCCGCCGAGCUCGGAGGACCGCCUCCGCGACAAGCGCUGGGUCAGCUCGUCUCCGUACUGGAUCGAUCGCCAGACCUGUCGGUGGCUCACUCUAUGCGGCAUCCAUCAUCUCCGGUCGGACCCGGCCACGCACCCCUCGCAUAGCCGCAAGAACGAGACGGGCGAGUUGGGGCGACUUGAUUUGCGAAGGCGUUCACAUUGGAGCCAAGGUGGCGAGACCGAGACUCUUGCCAGGCCGAAUGCUGCAAUUUGGGGGUCCGCGAGGCGGCGCAAGGAAGGAGACCCGGACCACCGGGACGCGAACGAUCUCAAAGAAGUCCCCGACUACGUUCUCAAAUAUGCGCCGCUGAUCCAUCUGCACUCGGAGGAGUACUUCUUCCCCUCGGAUAUCGCGGAUCAUGUCGAACACAUGGUGCCGUAUGCCAACGGCAUGCCGCUGAACCUCUCCAAACCCGUGAGCCUCGACGAGUUGCAAGAUCUCGACGCACACCCUUUACCGAUAUAUCUUACGAGCGAGGAAGAUGUCGAGGAUCGGCCAGAGUGGCUCCACAGCGAGGCUGGAAUGCCAAGACCGUUUGUCGGCGAUGGAGAAGGUGGUGGAGAUGACGGCGGGCCGGAUCGCCCCCGUAGUGGAGACCAGUACAGGGGAUCCGGCCCACCAAGACACGGCACAACGUGGUGGGAUGUCGACAAAGACCAUCCACUCCACCAUAUCACAGAGCCUCGAAAGGGAUCCGGAAGCCGGCGUGGCGAUCGAGGGCCGCGCAUCGGCCCCCGAAAUCAGCAGCCCCUCGCGUCGCCGUCGCCCAUGUACAAGCCGGAUUCUAGCGGGUACUCGGACGCCCCGGCCGUGCUUGUCCUCGUCGACAAGGGCUCGGGGAUCCUCGACGCCUUCUGGUUCUUCUUCUACAGCUACAACCUCGGGCAGACGGUGCUCAGCGUCCGGUUCGGCAACCAUGUCGGGGACUGGGAGCACUGCAUGGUGCGGUUCGAGAACGGCAUCCCGCGGGCGUUGUUCAUGAGCGAGCACGCGGGCGGGCAGGCGUACGCCUGGAACGCGCUGGAGAAGUACCGGGUGACGAGGACGAAGACGACGCAUGGGGGCUCCGACGACGGUGAGGAAGAGACGGUCGACAGGCCGGUCAUCUACUCAGCCAUCGGCAGCCACGCCAUGUACGCGGUGCCGGGGAACCACCCGUACGUCCUCCCGUUCGGGAUGCUGAAGGACGUGACGGACCGCGGACCGCUCUGGGACCCGGCCAAGAACACGUACGCCUACUUUUACGACUACGAGGCCGACCGCGAGGCCGACGGGAGGGCCUACAUGGAGGGCGGCGGCAUCGACGCGAACCAGACGAGUCUCGUCCCGGCGGCGUCGAACCCGGACGCGCCGACGUCGUGGUUCCACUUCGGGGGCCCGUGGGGCGACGAGCUCUACGCGCUCAGCGACAUGCGGCAGUGGAGGCUGUUCGGGCAGUACCACUACAUUACGGGCCCGCAGGGGCCCAAAUUCAAGAACCUGGGCAGGCGGAAUGUGUGCCAGACGGAGCACUGCACGAUACUGUACAACAUCGAGGACGGGAAGAAGGCGGUGUGGUACGGGUGAAGGCAAGGGGCUUAUUAGCUAGCUGGGUGGCCUGGCUGGCUGGCUCUCUUUUGCGCGGAAUUCGGACAGAUACCCUUAGACCAGACUCGACAUAGAAUACCCAAUUUGCUCGUUCUUUUCAAGUGUCACCUUGCCG